CCAGCUCCUUCAGGCCACCUGAUACAGGGCGUGAGCGUGUGUGUGUGUGUGUGUGUGUGUGUGUGUGUGUGUGUGUGUGUGUGUAGGACAGUGGAGUGCUGAGGAAAUAAGCAGCCUCCACUUGAAACAGCGGCAGAGCUUGUGAUGUCCUGAGCAAGAUUCAGAAGGCAGUGGGCUAGAUUCGACGGUCUUUCACUGCCUGGCAGCGGAGCCUGAGCGGGGAGCUGGUGCAGUGGGGGACAGAAGGCCAAAGGCUUGGGGCCCAGUGAGCUGGGAGUGUCGCGUCCCCUUUAAGAGCGGCGGCGGCGGCGGCGCGCGCUCCGACGGCUUCCCUGGGGCCCCGCCCCUUUCCCGUGAGGCCUCGGGGAGUGGUCCGACCGCGGGCGACUGCGGUGGGAGUCUUUGGCUGGGCCGGGGCUUCGGACGGCGCUGGCGGAGAAGCGAGAGCCAUGGACGAGGAGAUCGUGUCAGAGAAGCAAGCCGAGGAGAGCCACCGGCAGGACAGCGCCAAUCUGCUCAUCUUCAUCCUGCUGCUUACGCUCACCAUUCUCACGAUCUGGCUCUUCAAGCACCGCCGGGCCCGCUUCCUGCACGAAACCGGCCUGGCUAUGAUUUAUGGUCUUUUGGUGGGCCUUGUGCUUCGAUAUGGCAUUCAUGUUCCAAGUGAUGUGAAUAAUGUGACCCUGAGCUGUGAAGUGCAGUCAAGCCCAACUACCUUAUUGGUAAAUGUUAGUGGAAAAUUUUAUGAGUAUACGCUGAAAGGAGAGAUCAGUUCACAUGAGCUCAAUAACGUUCAAGAUAAUGAAAUGCUUAGAAAGGUUACUUUUGAUCCAGAAGUAUUUUUCAACAUAUUACUUCCUCCUAUCAUAUUUUAUGCGGGAUACAGUCUGAAAAGAAGACAUUUCUUUCGAAACCUUGGGUCUAUCUUAGCGUAUGCUUUUCUUGGAACCGCAAUUUCUUGUUUCGUAAUUGGAUCAAUAAUGUAUGGCUGUGUAACACUGAUGAAAGUAACUGGACAACUUGCGGGAGACUUUUACUUUACAGAUUGCCUGCUGUUUGGUGCCAUCGUAUCAGCAACUGAUCCAGUGACUGUUCUUGCCAUAUUCCACGAGCUUCAAGUUGAUGUUGAACUCUAUGCACUUCUUUUUGGUGAAAGUGUCCUCAAUGAUGCUGUUGCCAUAGUGCUAUCUUCCUCAAUAGUAGCAUACCAGCCCGCCGGAGACAACAGCCACACCUUUGAUGUCACAGCCAUGUUCAAGUCUAUUGGGAUUUUCCUUGGAAUCUUCAGUGGCUCUUUCGCGAUGGGUGCUGCUACUGGAGUGGUGACAGCUUUAGUGACAAAGUUCACCAAAUUACGAGAGUUCCAGUUGUUGGAGACAGGCCUGUUCUUCUUGAUGUCCUGGAGUACCUUCCUCUUGGCUGAAGCAUGGGGUUUCACAGGUGUGGUUGCAGUGUUGUUUUGUGGCAUCACACAGGCCCAUUAUACAUACAAUAAUUUGUCCACGGAGUCUCAACAUAGAACUAAACAGUUGUUUGAGCUUCUCAAUUUCUUGGCAGAGAAUUUCAUCUUCUCCUACAUGGGACUGACACUGUUCACAUUCCAGAGUCAUGUCUUUAACCCGACAUUUGUAGUAGGAGCAUUUAUUGCUAUUUUCUUGGGAAGAGCUGCCAAUAUUUACCCCUUGUCCCUCUUACUUAAUUUGGGUAGAAGAAGUAAGAUUGGAUCAAAUUUUCAACACAUGAUGAUGUUUGCUGGCCUUCGUGGUGCAAUGGCAUUUGCCUUGGCCAUUCGAGAUACUGCCACUUAUGCCCGCCAAAUGAUGUUCAGCACCACACUUCUGAUUGUGUUUUUUACUGUGUGGGUGUUUGGUGGUGGUACCACCGCCAUGCUGUCAUGCUUGCAUAUAAGGGUUGGUGUUGAUUCAGACCAAGAACAUUUGGGUAUUCCUGAAAGUGAAAGAAGAACUACCAAAGCAGAGAGUGCCUGGCUUUUCCGGAUAUGGUAUAACUUUGAUCAUAACUAUCUGAAGCCUCUGCUGACGCACAGUGGGCCUCCUCUUACGACAACCCUCCCUGCCUGCUGUGGACCCGUUGCGAGAUGCCUAACCAGCCCCCAGGCUUAUGAGAACCAGGAACAGUUGAAAGAUGAUGACUCCGAUCUUAUUCUCAAUGAUGGUGAUAUUAGUUUGACGUAUGGAGAUUCUACUGUGAACACUGAAUCAGCCUCGUCCGGUGCCCCUAGGAGAUUUAUGGGGAACAGUUCUGAAGAUGCCCUGGAUCGAGAACUUGCAUUCGGGGACCACGAACUGGUCAUUCGGGGAACACGCCUGGUUCUUCCUAUGGAUGACUCUGAACCCCCGUUAAAUUUGUUAGAUAAUACAAGACACGGUCCAGCCUAAGCUUACUAAUUACUCACUUAGUGAUCUGUAAAAUUUGCACAUGUGAUUGUGAAGAAAUUCGUACUACCUAAAAAGUCCCAGUGCAUGUCUCUGAAUGUUUAAGCUGUAUAAAUGCUAUUUAUAUGGCAUCGAAAGACUAUAAAUACCCUGUACAAGGCAGAUUGUGAACAAACUCUUAUGUUUUAUUGGCUGCACUAUGUAGACCGGAUCUGUUUUAGAAAGUUAAUUUCAGUGAUGUCGUGUGUCCAAGCUUUAUGUCCCAGUUCAAGUAUACAAGGUGACAGAUUUACUCUUUCUUAUAUUUACCUGACACUUAACCGGAGUACCGAGUUCUCGUGAUAUGAAUUAAUUUUAAGGCAAUGAAUUUGUGGGAGGGGAGGGAGAGGAAGGAGGGAGUGCUAGCAGGAGAAGUUCCUUUGUCGGGAAACUUGUGUUGAUUGCUGCUGCCUCUGUCGUGACCUUUUCCUUUCCUUUAUGUCCGGUGGCCUGUUGUGGUGCGAGAGGCCAGUGGCUUUGGAUCUUGCCCCAUUCAGAUUGGGGAGUGAAGUGCGGGGGCCCUUUGCCCCCCUUGCCGUGAAAAGAACAGAUUUGUUGGCUACAGUACACUGCUACUCGGAAAAGAAGGCUGCACAUGACUUCCAAGACUUUGUUUCUUUUCUUCCACUCCAAGACCUGGGAAGGAGUCGCGCCAUCCAGCCCACUUAGCCAAAGUACAGUUGUAUAUAGUUCAGAGCACUUGAUUUCGAUUUGGAGGGGCUGGGGCAGGCGGAGAGGGGGCAGAGGCCAGGAAGGAGAGUAAGGAGCAUGGUGGUUUUGGAGAGCUCUCCCCCCAAAUAUGUAAAUACUAUAUACCAGAUAAGUUUAAAUAAGAAAUUCAAUUGCUGCUUACUUUUUGAGUAUGUACUUUAUCUGUAUAGCAAGCUUUGUGGUCAGAAGUUUUUAUAUCGAUUUAAAUCGCUGCUCAUUAGCAGCCAAACAGGAGCAAAAUGUAAAAUUUUUGAACUUACUUGUGUCUAAUUGUCAUUCAUUAGUCUGUAGUUGAUAUUAAAAGUUAAUUUAUGAAUCCAUGACCGUUCCACACUACACCACAGCCAGUCAUGAGAGAAAUACAGCGCUGCGGAGAGCUUGCUGUGAGGGCGGUUGCUCCUUUGUGUGCACCAGGUGUAGUUGUCUUCAUGCUCAUGUGACUUUUUAAUAUGAAAUACCUAAGCUGCCAUGUUUGUUUUGUUUUUCUACAGUUUUCAAGGAAGAGUACAUAACAUUGCCCGUUUCAUAUUCAGAGUAUGAAAGUGGAUUCUAUUUUGUAAGCUGCAGAUACCUAAUGGUGCAUUGAAUGCUUAGCAGGGGGAUCCUUUCCGACAUUGAUUCUGACCCGUCAAAGUUUCAGAAGAAAACUAGAAACUUCUGUGGGUUUUUUCCCCCUCAGGUCUGAGUAGCAUUGCCUUAAAUUGUACCCAAUUCAAAAACGGAUUUGUUUAUGUGAUGUUCAAAUUGUCCAACACAAAAUAUCUUUGCAAACAAAAUAUGUACUUGUCUUCCCAAAGGUUUCCUCGCUGUGAUGCAAACACUCCUUGCGAUUUUGAGGGAAUUCUACUGUUGGACCCUUGAGUGGCAGCUCUAACUGUUGGCAUAGCCAUUUGUUAUGUAGUGGUAGCGACUUUCCUGCUAUGCAGGAACCCCGUGAAGUGUGCAUUUUCUACGAUGUGUGCCUCUUCAUGCAGUCAGUAAUUUCUUGUUAAUGUGUGUUUGAGGGGCUUUGAACUUCAGCGUCAUUUACCCACAAAGUCAUUCACAUUGUAAAAGGUUAUAUAAGAAAUUCACAACUACCUUUUUUAUCCUGUCAAGUUACUGAGCUCACUUUAUGAAAAUGGCUGUAAAUACUUAGCAUGACAAAUUCAGUCAGUAACUCGUCUGUUUCAGCAUGCAUAAGACUUUUUCUUAGGGAAACUGAUAAAGCUUGAGUCAACUAAAUCUGCCUUCGUACUUUAUCAGAGGGGAACCAAGCCUGCUGCGCUUACAUCAGCAUCUGGAAGAUUCUCCUCUCCUCUAAUCUGCGUGCGCAUCUCCAAGCAAAGAAGAAAAAAACAAACUCUGCUCAUACAUCUAUUGGUUUGAGACACCUGAAUGAACUUGGAUGAGGUACAGUCUGAGUUCCCAUCAUGCACAAGUAGAACUGUUCUCGGACUUGUUUUUCUGUUCUUUGUGGACCCUACACGUUUGAAUGACUUGAACGUUGCAUCUUUUCAAGUUAUUUUUUAAGGUUCCUUGGCAUUUUAUCCUAGUUGUCCGUGUUUGGCAAUGUGCUGUUAAAGUAAUAGACUUUUAAUCUUUUAUGUAUUUUUUGUUUUCCCUUGGAGUUCUUGGACAGAUGUUAUAGUGGUUUCUUUUAGGAAAAUCUGUCAUUAAAAAAAUUAUAGCCUUGCAAAUAACCA